AUGUCGGACAGAGGGCGCUCGCCGUCCCCAGGGGGGCCUGGGAGCUCCUCAGGAUCAGGAAGACGACCUUCUCAGUCUCCUGCCCGUUCUGCCUCCGGAUCUGCUGCUGGAGGGCCUGCUGGCUAUCCCAAGCCACUGGGUUUCGAUCCUGCUAAGCCCCAGAAGCAAGAGGAUCAAGGCAAUACCCGAAUGGAGCUGCCACCUGACGCUUAUGUGAUGGAGACCAGGAAGGAUUUGUUCACGUUGCGAAACAAUCGUUUCAACACUGAGGGCAAGGCUGAGAUGAUUGAAGUCAACCAAUACCGCAUGACUAAGUUUGACUUCAACAAAAAGAUUUACCAGUACGAUGUCUUUAUCUCACCGAACCCAGACAAGAUUGGCCCUGUCAUGAAGAAAAUUUGGGCCCACCCGACUACCCAGAAGAACCUCAAAGCUUACAAGUUCGAUAUGUGGCUCUUCGACGGCAAGAAACUUGCUUGGGCUCCUGUUCUUGUUGAUCGUGGCGAGGUGCGGUUCACUGUCGAUCUCGACGAAGGCAAGCGUGCCGCUGGCGCAAAGCCCCGUGAAGGCGGCAGCUUCUAUGUCACCAUCAGAAAGACCACCGAGGUCCAGGUAUCUGCUUUGCAGGGAUAUCUCAUGCACAAGAUAUCUUUCAACAACAGUGUUCAAGAGGCACUGAAUUUCAUUGACCACCUUGUGCGACAAUACCCGUCCAAGAAUCUCCUGGCGAUCAAACGAAACUUCUACAAGAUGGGCCAGGUUGGAGCCCCUCUAGAGGACGGUGCUGUCGUUGAAGUUCACAAGGGAACAUAUGCUUCUGUUCGAAUGUCUGACAACCUCAAGCAGCGGGGUGUCGGCCUUGGCUACAACAUCGAUGUGGCCAACACCUGCUUUUGGACUGGAAACCAGCCCAUGGACAGGAUGAUAUGUAACUUCCUCGCCACCCUUGAUGGAAAGUUUCGUGGACAAACUCCCGCAACCAUCGGAGAGUUACUCAAGCCAGUAAUGGACAGGAAGACUGGCCGCUGGGCAUCAUCGGAUGCCUUCAAGCAGCUGCGAAAGAUGCGCCGACUGAAAUUCCGGGUUAAACACAAGGGUCGCAAGAACGAAGACAAACUGUACUCCAUCCAGGAUUUCACUUUCGAUGAGAAGUUUGGUGAGGCUGGUGCCACUGCCCGUACCUUUACCUUUGACAAGGAUGGUAAGCAGACAUCUGUCUUUGACUUCUACAAGAAAGAACAUGGAGUCACCCUCCGACUGUCUCAUCUUCCCCUCAUCGAUGCUGGAAAGGGUGGAAAGAUCCCGAUCGAACUUGCCUUUGUUGAGCCCAUGCAACGAUACCCCUUCAAGUUGAACCCUGAACAGACAGCUGCGAUGAUCAAGAUUGCUGUCACUCGUCCCCCUGUUCGAAGAUCUGAUAUCCAGCAGGGUGCAAAUGCUCUCCAGAUUGGCCAGGAUCCAUUCUUGAAAGAGUACGGUGUCAGCUUUGAGCCUACCUUUGCAAAGACCGAAGCUCGAAUUCUCGCUCCGCCCGUGGUCAAGUUCGGUCAAGGUCAAGCCGAACCUCGAUUUGCUGGCCGUUGGGACUUGCGAGGCAAGAAGUUCUGGAAGCAGAACACGGCGCCCCUCAUAAACUGGGGGUUCAUUGCUCUCGAACAUCCAAUGCAACUGCCUGUCCUUCAGUCUUUCGCUAACACCUUCAAGUCUACCUUCUUGGGUCAUGGAGGUAAAGUCUUGGCCGACCCUAUACUUCUCAACACUCCUGGCAACCUUCGUUUCGAUGCUGCCGGCGCGGUUGAGUGGGCUCACAACCAGAUCACUCAAAAGAAGGGCUACACUCAGCUCCUGUUUGUGGUUGUCUCAAAGAAGAACAGUGGCACCUACGAACGCCUCAAGAAGUCUGCAGAUUGCAGAUUUGGUAUCCUUACUCAAGUCGUUCUAGGAACUCAUGUCCAGAAGAAUAACGGUCAAUACCAUUCUAAUGUCUGCAUGAAGGUGAAUGCCAAGCUUGGCGGUGCCACUGCCUGUACUCCGCCAUUGUGGAAGUCGCCCACGUUUUUCCCGGACAGCCGCCCGACUAUCAUAGUUGGUGUCGAUGUCUCCCAUGCCGCUCCUGGAGGUGUUACACCUUCCACAGCGUCCAUGACUAUGUCUGUAGACAAAGAUGCGACCCGAUAUGCCGCUAUGGCAGAGACGAACGGAUACCGUGUGGAAAUGCUCACACCAACCAACAUCCAGUCCAUGUUUUCGCAGCUCAUCCCGCAGUGGAAGCACAACCACCCGGGGUUGGUCCCACAGCACCUCAUCUACUUCCGAGAUGGUGUCGGCGAGGGGCAGUUUGCCUACGUGCUUGAUCAGGAAAUUGAGCAGAUCAAGACGUAUCUUGCUAAGAUUCUUCCUCCUGGUAGAAUGCCAAAGUUCACCGUGAUUGUGGCCACAAAGCGCCAUCACAUUCGAUUCUUCCCUCAGAAUGGGGACAAGAACAAAAACCCCUUGCCUGGUACUCUAGUUGAGAAAGAGGUCACUCACCCUUUUAUGCUUGACUUUUAUCUCAACUCCCAUGUGGCAAUACAGGGAACUGCCCGACCCGUCCACUACCAUGUAAUCCUGGACGAAAUGCAGAUGCCCAUCAACGAUCUGCAGAAGAUGAUCUACCAGCAGUGUUACUCAUACGCUCGUUCUACCACUCCGGUUUCCCUGCACCCGGCAGUGUACUAUGCGCAUCUCGCUAGUAACCGAGCUCGCGCUCACGAGAACAUUGCUACUAGUGAAGGCUUCCGAAUUGGACCCAAGGGUCACGAAAUGGCCCGGGAGAAACAGGCACGUGGUGUCUCAACUGGUGCUCCUGACAGGUCCGCUGAGGCACCCAACUUGCUUCCCUUGGGUGGUAAUAUGAACGCCCCCCCUCAAGAGGGAGAGCAGCGACAGCGAGACUUUUUCCGCAGCACUAUGUGGUACAUCUAA